GAAGUCGUUCGCUGUUGUAAAUACACGGUUGGUUUGAGUUCAUGUAUAAAGCCAUUAGGAAAGUCAAAGAAGAGAAACAGUGGAGAGACAUGACGGUGGAGACAAGAGUCAGCGACAUGAGGGGAGCUGCCACAGCAGGCAGCAGCAGCAGACAACUCUUGGCUCCAUGAGACCUUUCCUGUUUACCAUGUUGUUCUUUGGGACAGGCUCAACCUGACAAGUUGCAUUUUUUUCCCCCUGCGCAAAUUUAUGGAGCCCUGCAGGGAACAAAGAGAGGAUGGCAAAUAAUGGAUUAUGCAAAAUGAUCAUGAGAAAUGUUAAGGAAUGUUUUGAUCAGCCACGAUGAGGAAGGCCCUGGAGGACUGUGGGACUCUGUGAAGAAAGCUGCGGUUGUCAUUGGAUCUGGAAUCUUAUUCUUGGCUGCAUUCGGCAACUCACUGACAUGGCAUCUUCAAAGAUUCUGGGGAGCUUCGGGAGAUUUCUGGCAGAACUUGUGGGCCAAGCUGUACUUGACAUUUGAAGGUCACGAUGCUGCGUUGUUCUUCUUCGGGACAAUGUUGUUCCCCACUCUGGCGUUCUGGGUGUCGAAUGGUCUGCUGCUGUUGGUGGACACCACUGGUAAACCCUCCUUCAUCACUCGCUACCGCAUCCAGAUGGACAGGAAUAACCCGGUGGAUCCAGUUAAGCUUCGCCAUGCGCUGAAGUCUGUCAUCUUCAACCACGUGUUCAUCUCUGGGCCCAUGGUGGUGGUGGCUUACUACCUGAUGACCUUGAGAGGGAACCCCUGUGGCCCUGAGCUGCCCACCUUCCACUGGGCCCUGACGGAGCUUGCUGUCUUUGCCAUCUUGGAGGAAUUUUUGUUUUACUAUUCACACAGGCUGUUCCACCAUCCCGGCCUCUACAAGCAUUUCCACAAACAGCACCAUGAGUGGACCGCUCCCAUCGGAGUCGUCUCCAUCUACGCUCAUCCUCUGGAGCAUGUGAUCUCCAACAUGUUGCCGGUGAUAAUCGGGCCUGUGAUCCUGGGCUCCCACCUGACCACCACCACCCUGUGGUUAUGCCUGGCUCUGGUCAGCACCACCAUCUCUCACUGUGGAUACCACCUCCCUUUCCUGCCCUCCCCCGAGUUCCAUGAUUUCCACCACCUCAGGUUCAACCAGUGUUUUGGGGUCUUCGGUGUGCUGGAUCGGCUCCACGGUACUGACACCAAAUUCAGGCAGACCAAGCAGUAUGAACGCCACACCCUGCUUACCAGCCUCACCCCUCUGACCGAGAGCAUCCCUGACACACCCAAGAAGGGCUACUGAUGACCUGUGACCCACAACCUUUAACCUCAGGCCUCGCCAAGUGUGGGUUCCCACUCAAACUUAAAUGACUUUUGAUUAAUUUAAUCCAGAAAACCUGUUGAUCAGUUUCAGACUUUGAAAAUCUGCCCACCCUCUCCAGUUAACAACUUCACUUUUUUGUAGAAAUGUUGCUGUUGCACUUUAUCAGACAUGCAGAUUUCAUGCAGUUUUUCAAGUUUGGCCUCCGUGUUCACUGUUGAUGUGGAGCGCCUGCCACUGUGGUCACUUUUAACCUGUUUCCUCCCACAUUUCCAUCUUCCUGUGACCUGGGAAGGCUGUUAUUGUAGCUCAUUAUUUGGUUUGUGGAUGGUAACAUAGCAGAACAGUCAGUAGUUCAGGGUUAUUUUCUGGUAACGUCCUAUAAAAGAGUAAAUGUGGCCUUUGUUCCAAAUAAUCAUGGAGAAGUUUAUGGAAGCUGAUAUCCACCAGGAAAAGAAAAGAAUAGAUUGAAAGUUAUGCAUGAUAAAAAUAGGGUAAGUCAAAAUUUUUGUUGAGAGUUGCAAUGAGUAUUUUCUUUUUUCUUAAUCAUGACUAUCUAUUUUGCUUUUCUGGUGGAAAUGGGCUUCCAUAGAUGUUUCCAUUGUUGUGUGUUUGUAUUAGCUUCACUUAUUUCUAGGAUUUUAGAGGCAAAUCAAAUCUUAAAACAAGUCACAAGGACUAACAAGUAGCUUGUUUACCAGACAGAUCCCUGCCAAGGUAGAUUUAAGAAUUUAAUGGUUGAUGAGUGAAAACAAAUAAUUUCACUUUGGCUAAGCAUGAUGAGACUUCACUGCACUCUGCCAUAACCGGUUACCUUCAGUUAAAUGUGGGGUAUGCGAUUCUGGAGAAAUCCAGUACAAUGACAAAUACCAUGAUAUAGAGCAAACGAUGACACAGCAAGUAAUGUGACUAACGUUAGCUAGGUUGUGGGUUAGUACACUGUCCCUACAGUUGCUGCUGCGAAGCUAACGGCCAGAGAGGACGAGACUGUUUCCCAGAGCCAGCAAACCAGCUCCAGACAGCAAUACUCACAACUCUCCUGCUACUAUAGCUAACAUCACAACAACAGCAUAUCUUGGCAAACUAGAAAGUAAGCUGAAUAUCUGUGGGCAAGUCAUUUAACGUUACCUGACACACAAAUCAUGGCUGGAAUAAUGUUGUGUGGCUCGGCCCAAGCCACUCUGUUUAUUUUUAUUAUUUGAUUAGAAUCGCACACUCCACCUUUCAUGUUUUUCUCAGCUUUCCAAACAUGAGCGUCCAGCUGUCUCUCUACCCAUAAAACCUUGUGGUUUAGGGUUGUUUGCUGGCACAAAUUCAGAUUACAUUUUCAGAUUUUUAUUCGUAUCGAAACACUGCAGUUCUUAUUCUGUCCCUCCUCCCUGGUCAAACACAACUAACAGGAAACUCCAGUUACACUUGGUGUGAAGUUCCCCAGACUAGACAAAAUGGGUGAGAGAAGUGAUUUACAGUGUUCACAGCUUCCAACAUUCCUGAAUAAUGAGCAAAUUGUUUCAAUAUGCAAAUCAUUUCAGUAUGAACAGGUUCUGGUUUCAAUGUAAAUGCAACUUGUGUUCACUUGCUGCUCAGACAGAAGAUAACAUUUGCACUUUUCCUUUCUGUGACAUAUCCUUCAAUGUUAAAUGUGUCUGUAUAGCAGGAAGUUUCAGGAAUGGUUGUAUAAGAAAUUAAUGUUAAAAGAUCUACUGUGAUUGAUACAAUGACUGGACUGUUUAAUAUUAAAACGUUUUAAGAAGA